AUGACCAAGUGCCGGAGGGUGCUGAAGACCCUGGAGAUUGCAAGCUCUGGCGAGGAGGCCGAAUGGGACAUGGUCUUGAACGAGAUGAACGUGUACCUGCGCCUGGACCACCCGAAUGUGUGCAGGCUCCUGGAGGUGUUCUUGGACGACAGCGCCUGCCAUUUGGUUAUGGAACUGUGCACGGGGAAGGACUUGUGCGCCCGCUGGGAGUCGCGUGGCGCCUUCUCCGAGAAGGACGCCUGCAGUGCCGUGGGCCAGAUGAUGGAUGCAGUGCAGUACUUGCACGGGAAUCAGAUCGUGCACCGAGAUCUGAAGUUGGAGAACUGGGUGUACGCGGAUUCUUCGGCGAACGCGCGGCUAAAGCUGAUAGACUUCGGCUUCUCGGAGGUGUUCAGCCACGACGCCCCGAUGACGGCCGUGCUGGGCACAAUAUUCUACGUGGCGCCCGAGGUGCUCGAGCAGUACUACGACUCCAAGUGCGACGUCUGGAGCCUGGGGGGAUCCUGGCGGAUUGCCUACAUGCUUCUCUGCGGGUUGCCACCGUUCGGCGGCUUCGCGGACUCCGACGACGACAUCGUGCUCAAGAUACUCGACGGAUCCGACGCGGACAUGGAGGGCCCUCGGUGGAACGGCAUCUCGGACAGUGCGAAGGCCUUUGUGUCGGAGCUGCUGACCCGCGAUCCGGUGGAGAGGCCCAGCGCCCAGGACGCUGCGCUGCACCCGUGGCUCGCGGGCCGUGCGACCUGCCAGCACAGCGGCGCCCGGGAGAUCAACCUGGAGGUCCUCGAGAGCCUCCGCAGCUUCGCGUCGAUGAACACCAUCAAGCGUGCUGCCUGCAGCCUGAUGGCGAACUCCAUGUCCGUGGCGGAGACAGACGAGCUCCAGGCGCAGUUCAAGAGGCUGGACACGCGCCAGAACGGCACGAUCUUGGUUCAGGACCUCGUCGAGGUUCUGAGGGACAGGUUGGGCAUGUCAGUAGCGGAAGCGACCGAGCUGUCGAGCAACCUGAACCCCGGCCAGGAGCAGUGCUUGCACUACAGCGACUUCCUGGCGGCGGUCACGCAGCGCCGGAUCCUCGCGCAGGAGCCACAGAUCCGUCGAGCCUUCCAGCGCUUCGACGCGGACCAGACCGGCUACAUCUCGCUCGAGAACCUCCGCGCUGCUCUCGGAAAUGAGUUCCAGGGCGUCGCCGUGGAGGAGAUCCUCGAUCAGGCGGACGAGCUGCGGGACGGGGUGAUCCGGUACGAGGAGUUUCUCCGCGCGAUGAUGGACUUGGGCUCCUCCACUGGCAGUGCGUCUCCAGCGGGCCGGGAGGGGAUCAGGAACAUAUCCCGUGCCUGGGACUUCACCUCGGCCGGCCGAUUUGCGCCUCGCAGGCGCCUCAAGCGGCGAUUCUGGCGCGGGCAGGCGAGGGGCGUCACGCCCAGCUUCGCAGCCAAGAGCGUCCCCAUGGCCAGCAGCACCAUCCAGCGAGCAGAGCGUCUGCAGGACCAGGAUUCGGAGGACGAGGAGGGCUGUCAGAGCUCCUUCCUCGAGUCCUUCCGGCGCUGGAACAGCAUCGACGUCGUGCCCCCCUGCGCAGACCGCGCGGACCUGACGCCCCCGGUCGGCAGGUUCCUCAGCGAGGACGAGCUCGACGUCUCACCCGCUCGGGAUCGGGGCCGGGGCCGCUUUCCCUCGGGGGCGCCCUGCAUGGCCCCCCUGGACGAGCUGAGGACCCUACCAGCUGUAAGUCGGGCACGUUCCUCUACAGGAGGAUGUUGAUCAUUGUUUGAGUUUUUUCCCUCAACAUUCAUCUGUAGGGGGACAUGCACGGCCCAAACCCUAUUCCUGUGUGCUUGGUAUCAUCCGACCUCGGUGCCGAUCGAAAGGUUUCCCCCAGUCUCUGAGGGCACAUCCCUCACAUGAGGCGUUCCAAAAAUGGCCUUGCCCUCGAGGAGCGAAGCAGUUGUCAUCUCUUCCGCCGUGGAAGGCGGCGGAAGGGCGGCGGAAGGACGGCGGAAGUAAAACGAGGCCGCCUCCGCCGGCGGAAGCCGGCGGAAGCUCGGCGGAAGCCUCGACGGCCCAAGGACACAGCGUGCUGCCUUUUGCGUGCUGGGUCGCAACUCCCAGCCCAACCCGACGCGCCAUGGCAUUUUACGUUUUUGUGCGUUGGCGAGGCGAGCGCUCCUAGCCGGCCCAAGCUAGGUGAACGUCACCCAGUGGCUCGUUUGGCUGCUCAUGGUGACGGAGACAGGGCGUAGGGGUGGCAAACGGGCCUUGAGGCGAGCCGUGCGUAGGACGCUGAUAGUCGGGUGGUGCUGGUACCUUGGUAAAUACUAUGACCGCUCCACCGUGGGCUCCCUCGCUAGCGCCGACAGGGUCCAGACCAUCAUGCAAGAACCUAAUCUUCCUGAGAGUUCUCCCACUUAUUCCUCCGUGGAGGUGGCGGCACAUCAUGUUCGUACGCGUCGCCGUCGGCAGAGAUCGACACGAUUGAUGAAGGUUUGGAGCUAUAACGCUGAGUCGCUCCGGGUCAAAGAUCGGCUGGCAUCGCUGUUGAGACUGGCCAGAUGUGCAAAUGUCGCCAUAUGUUGUUUCCAGAGCACGUUGAUGGAGCUUGACGUUCCUUGGUUCAGCGAGGGUUUCCAUGUUAUCCCGACUUGCCGAACAGCGCCGCGAGCCAAAGAUGGAUGUCUCAUUGCAUACAAUAUGAAGGUGUUCUCUAAGCAGGAACUUAGGUGCACGCACGUCUGGCUUCCAGGACGCCUUCACGGGAUUCGGCUUCGGCGGGGAGGCUGCCGGGACCGGGACCUGUACAUUCUAAACGGGUACGCCCCGACGAACGACCCGCCAAAGGUACCCCAAGGCCAAGAUACUGCCCCAGUUUACCAGGCUCACACCCAGGCCCAGGACACCUUUUGGAACCAGUGCGAGCGGGCGAUCCAGCAGAUUCCGCAGCGCACGGCCCUCAUCAUCACUCUCGAUGCCAACGCCACUGUUCGCCCUCAUCUUCCUCAUAUCGGGGAGGCGGGUAGCAAGCGCGGGGGUCCUCCGACGAAUCGCAACGGCCAUAAGUUCAUCGAUUUUUUGGAGAUGUACGGGUUGAAAGCGUUGAAUACUUUCGGUUGUCGGUCUCGCUUUAACGGCACAUGGAAGCAUACGGUGGGGAGUGGGUGGAGUACCA